AUUAAAUUUAAAACUACAAAAUGAAAUUACUGUUCAUUUAUUUAUUUGUCGUCAGUUUAAGUUCUUUUCAAUGUAUAAUUAUAAAUUUUAACAAAGACAAUAUAAGAGUAACAAUUGAUCAAGGCUCGUUAAUUGGCUUACAAUCUAAAGAUUUUUACAAUGAUACUUAUUACAGUUUCAAAGCCAUUCCAUAUGCAAAGCCUCCAGUGGGAGAACUAAGAUUCAAGGCUCCAGAACCACCAGAACCCUGGUUGGGCGUAUACAAUGCAACAAUCUCAAGACUAGCCUGUCCACAAGCACCAUUUAUGGGCUCAAAUCCGUUAUAUAGUGAAGACUGUUUAUUUUUGAAUGUUCAUACAAAAAUGGCUGAUAAAUUGAAACCAGUAUUAGUUUACAUUCAUGGUGGUGCUUUUGAAUUUGGAUCCAUAAGUAUGCCAGAUAGAGGUUCACAAUGGUUAAUGGCAGAAGAUAUCGUAUUUGUAGAAAUUCAAUACCGUUUAUCCUUUUUUGGGUUCCUAAGUUUCGACGACCCAAAAUACGAUAUUCGUGGCAAUGCCGGUUUAAAAGAUCAAGUGAUGGCAUUAAAGUGGAUUCAAAAGAAUAUAAAACAAUUUGGUGGUGAUCCAAAUCAAGUAACAAUUUUUGGUGAAAGUGCUGGGGGAGCAUCCGUACAUUUAUUAUAUGUGUCACCCUUGGCUAAGGGACUAUUUCAUCGUGCCAUAGCUCAAAGUGGUUCUGGUGCGAACACGUGGGUUCAGUCAUUAAACAAAUAUCCACAAGUUGCUGAAGCAUUAAAUUGUAGUUCUGUCAAUGUGGAUGAAAUUGUGAAAUGUAUUAAUGGUUCAUCGACAGAUGAAUUAUUAUCCAUAACACAAACGUUGAAAAAGAAUCCGAAUAACUCAAUUGUGGAUGACAUCAGUAUAAGUGUUUUAACCAUCGAAGAUCGAAAUAGCAAGGAUCCAUUUAUAACAGAUACUGUUGAAAAUAUAAUAACAAAAGGAGAAUUUAGUAAAGUGCCAAUUAUAAUGGGUAUAUGUGCAAACGAAUCAGUUCCAUUUGUCUCUGAGAGCAAGCUACCCCUUAAUUUCACAGAAGCCGAUUAUGAGUCUUUAAUACCAAAAGAUAUGAAUGUUAAUAAAGGUUCUCCAGAAGCAUUUAAUAUUGGAAAACAAAUUAAAGAAUUUUAUUAUGGAAAUCAAACACCUUCUGAAAACUUAAUAGAUCCUUAUAUCAGGUAUCUUUCAGAUAUAAAGUUUGUUCAAAAAAUAAAUUACAUCGCCAAACUCCAAGUUUCAAUUGCACCGGAAGUACCAGUGUAUUUCUAUAAGUUCAACUAUCUUACAAAGUUAAAUUUUCUUGGAUAUCCUCAUCUUGACAAUUAUGUAUAUCAUGCUGACGAUCUACCAUAUUUAUUUUUCAAUGACCAAAAACAAGUAAAUGAAUUAUCGGAUCCAAAUUCCAAUGAAUUUAUUGGAAUGCGUCGGAUGAUCAAAUUAUGGACAACGUUUGCAAAAUCUGAAAAUGGUAACCCGAAUCCUAUUAAUGAUCCAUUAUUUGAAAAUGUAACAUGGAAAUCUAUGGAUUCAAAUAACUUCUAUUAUUUACACAUUAAUCCAAAUUUAGAAUUAGAAAAAAAUGUAUAUGAAGAUCAAAUGACAUUUUGGGAUAAACUUUAUCGCAAAUAUGGUCAAAUUAUUAGCUUGAAUUGUGUCAGAAGUAAAAGCACUUUUAAAGAAGACAUAAAAAUCACUAUUAAACAGGGUUCUCUAGUUGGCCAUACAGCCAAAGAUUAUUUAAACGAUACUUAUUAUAUAUUUGAAGCAAUCCCUUAUGCAAAACCACCAGUGGGAGGUUUAAGGUUUAAGGCACCUGAACCUGCAGAACCUUGGACUGGAGUGUAUGAUGCAACAAAAAUACGAAAGGCUUGUCCACAAGUCGGCGAUCCUGAAGGAAGACCUAACGAGGAAUAUGAUGAAGAUUGUUUAUUUUUGAACGUUCACACAAAAAUGACACCAGACCCGAAACCAGUGAUGGUUUGGAUUCAUGGUGGUGCCUUCGAAAUGGGUUCUAUUAAUGGAUAUCGGGGAUCACAGUAUUUAAUGACUGAAGACAUUGUAUUGGUUGAAGUUCAAUAUCGAUUAAAUAUUUUUGGUUUUUUGAGUUUUGACGAUCCAAAAUAUAAUAUUCCUGGUAAUGCAGGGUUAAAAGAUCAAGUGUUGGCUUUGAAAUGGGUUCAAGAAAACAUCAAGAAUUUCAAUGGUGAUCCAAAUCAAGUAACAAUUUUUGGUGACAGUGCAGGUGGGGCUUCGGUACAUUUGCUGUAUGUAUCAUCCUUAGCAAAAGGUUUAUUUCAUCGAGCGAUUGCUCAAAGUGGAUCUGGUGCAAAUACUUGGGUUUACUCUGCCAGUAAUUACACCCAUCUAGCUGAAGCUUUAAAUUGUUCGUCAAGUAACUUAGAUGAAAUUGUAAACUGUAUUAACGAUACAUCAACGGAGGAGCUAGUUAACGCUGGAAUUAUCUUGAAGAGCAUUCCGGAUGGCACCCUUGUGGAUGGGAUUUCAAUGAGUGCUCUUACAAUAGAAUCUGAAAACAGUGACGAUCCAUUCAUGACACAUCACGUGGAAGAAAAUAUUAAAAAUGGAAAUUUCAAUAAAGUACCACUUAUUAUUGGAAUUUGUGCAAAUGAAUCUGCAUUCUUUUACCAAGACAGGCCUGGUAUUGGUCCAAAUUUCACUGAAUCAGAUUAUGAAAAGUUAAUACCAAAAGAUAUAAAUUUUAAAAAAGGUUCAAAUGAAGCUUUCAAUAUUGGUAAGGAAAUUAAGGAAUUUUAUUAUGGAAAUCAGACACCGUCAAACGAUUUACUUGAACCUUGGAUUAAAUACGUUUCUGAUAUGAUGUUUAUUUACAAAAUGUAUUAUAUUGCAAAGCUACAAGCCGUUUCUUUUCCAAACGUUCCUGUUUACUUUUAUAACUUCAAUUAUAUCACAAGUCUUAAUUAUCAAGGAAAUUCUACAAAAUAUGUGGCGCAUGGCGAUGACGUGGCAUAUUUAUUUAAUUUUAAUCAAGAAGGAGUUUCACAACUCAAUCCAAACUCCGAUGAGGAAAUAGGAAUUUAUCGUAUGAUAAAACUAUGGACUACAUUUGCAAAAUCAAAAGAUGGAAAUCCAAAUCCAUUAAACGAUCCAUUAUUUACAAAUGUAACUUGGAAGCCUGUUGAUUCAAAUAAUUUUUAUUAUUUACAUAUUCAUCCAAAAUUAGUAUUAGAAAAAAAUUUAUAUGAAGAUCGUAUGAAAUUUUGGGAUCAUUUCAAAAGUAUACAAUUUUUUCCUUUUCCAAUGGAUUGGCUGUAUAUACUAUUUCUGAUAAUUUAUUUAAUAUAUGCAGGAUACAAAGCUGAAACAAACAUAAGCGUCAUCAUCGAACAAGGCACAUUAGUUGGUCGAAAAACAAAAGAUUACAACAAUGAUACUUAUUAUAUAUUCGAAGGGAUUCCAUUUGCAAAACCUCCCGUAGGCGUACUGAGAUUUAAGGCUCCAGAAUUACCAGAGCCAUGGAUUGGAAUAUAUGAUGCAACGAAGUCUAGACCUGCAUGUCCACAUGUUUUGGGACCAGAACCUCAAGAAUAUAGUGAAAAUUGUUUAUUUUUAAAUGUUCAUACGAAAUUGACCGAUAAACUAAAACCAGUCAUGGUUUGGAUACACGGUGGAGCAUUUGAUAUGGGUUCUAUAAGCUCGAAGUCCCAGGGAUCACAAUGGCUCAUGACUGAAGAUAUUGUGUUAGUUGAAAUACAAUAUCGCCUGAAUAUAUUUGGAUUUUUAAGUUUUAAUGAUCCUAAAUAUGGUAUACAUGGCAAUGCUGGAUUUAAAGAUCAAGUGAUGGCACUUAAGUGGGUCCAAAAGAAUAUAAACCGUUUUGGCGGUGAUCCAGAACAAGUAACAAUUUUUGGAGGUAGUGCUGGGAGUGCAUCUGUUCAUUUGUUGUAUGUGUCACCAUUAGCAAAGGGACUAUUUCAUCGUGCCAUAGCGCAAAGUGGUACUGGUGCAAAUAAUUUUUUAGAAAAUGCAGUUAAAUAUCCACAACUAGCCGAAGCAUUGAAUUGUACAAUGGACAAUUUGGACGCAACAGUAAAAUGCAUUAAUGAUUCAACAACAGAUGAGUUAUUAAAUACUACUCCAAUUUUACUAGCUAACUCGAACCGAACAAUUGUCGAUGACAUAACAAUGAGUGUUUUAACAAUUGAGGAUAAAAAUAUCAAAGAUCCUUUUCUAACUGCGCCAGUAGAGGAAUAUAUUAAAAACGGUAGUUUCAACAAAGUUCCAAUAAUAAUGGGAAUAUGUGCAAAUGAAUCAGCUUUUUUCAAGUUUAAUAGAAAUGUUAAACCUAAUUUUACCGAAUCUGACUAUAAAAAAUUAAUACCAAAAGAUUUAGAUGUCAUACAAGGUAGUAAAGAAGCAUUCGAGGCUGGCAAGAAAAUCAAAGAAUUUUAUUAUGGGAAUCAAACACCUUCAUAUGACCUAUUGGAUCCUUGGAUUAGAUUCAAUUCAGAUUUACAAUUUAUUCAAAAGGUUAAUUACAUUGCUAGGGUACAAAUUAAACAUGUACCUGAAAUUCCAUUAUAUUUUUAUAAAUUUAAUUAUCUUACAAAAUUAAAUUCAAAUUUCCAAAGAAAUGAUUCUUAUAUAUACCAUGGCGAUGAAUUAGCAUAUAUUUUCAAUGGAAAUAGAGACGCAAUAAUCAAUAGAUUAGAUCCAAACUCUGAAGAAUAUACUGGGAUGCGUCGAAUGGUAAAACUAUGGACAACUUUUGCUAAAUCAGGUGAUCCCAAUUCCAAAGAUGAUCCAAUGUUCAAUAAUGUUGUUUGGAAACCUAUGAAGACCAAUAAUCUGUAUUAUUUACAUAUUCAUCAAAAUUUACAGUUGCUUCAAAAUAUUUACGCCGAUCGUAUGACAUUUUGGGGUGAGAUUUAUGAAAAGUAUGGCAUGAAAAAUAUUUUUUACUAGAUAAUUGAAUAUCAUAAAUAUGAACUACUGCACUUUUCUUUUUGGAAAAUGACUCUUGGCCAAACUUUCUGAAACUAUGAAUUUAACUCAUCCUUGAUGAGUUAAUCAAAUGUCUAGCUAUGGAUAAAAUUCUAGGGAUUCUAGUUUUUGAGAUAUAAAAGGGGAGCUAAUCAAGGUCGGCGUAAGCAAUAAUUUUGCCAUACCUUCGGAAGAUUAUAUUUUGUAUAAUUUUUGUCAUGAAAAUGCAAUGAAAUACUUGCGUUCUAUUAUUAACAAGUUAAAAUAACAAUUGAAUAAAAUAAUU